UGUUCCUGCCAUGCUCUAUAGCGUCACUAUGGCUGUCACAAGUGUCGCGGUCCACACCGUCAGCGCACUCGUUGCUUGUCUAUCCAUUGUCAUUCUCGUUCUCACCAUACACAGCGUCUCACUGAAAGACCGCCUGGAUUAUGCUGUUACUCCGCCCCUGAGACGAACGGGCAUGAGUAUCUUGUUCUGGCCUGCAUGUGGCGGACUCGUGGACUGCUGCCUCUUUCUCUUCCUCUGGAUCCGAUCACCUUUUUAUCCGACACAGGUCAGUAUUGCUUAGAGUAUGUGGCUAAAUUGCUGACUGAAUACUGAAAGAAGAAGACAGUCUACCUCAACGCGCUCCUCUUUGUGGCCGCGUUCUACUUUAUGAGGCCGUUUAUCGUGCUUGUCUACACCUUUGUUGAGCAUGAUGUCGAGGCCUGGGCGAGCUUGAUGUCGAAUCACGGCAAGGAAAACACUUCGGAAGUGCUUUGCAGAGAGUUGCGAGCCGUACACUUUCUACUGAUUCCG